AGGGAGAAGAAAAAAAAAAGGGGGGGGGAGGGGCUAGACAUCAGGUUAUGAUUGUAAUGGAAUUAAUGACACACCGCCCUGUGGUGGCAGGAUGUUGCAAUCUCGUGGCGCCGACACAGCAGCUGUAGUUCCAUGAUGAGCAAAUUCAUCUUCAUCGGGUUUCCCACCGCAUAGACAGCCCGUGUGCGUCUGCGCCACACGCUGCGAUCCGCUGGCUCGUGUCAGGGCUUCGUUUUUUCUCCAGCUGAUUCACCCGAGAAAAAAGAAAAAAAGAAAGAAAGAAAAGAAAAAAGAAAAAAAAAAUUCACACCAAGUCCUUUGCCUAUUGGGCGGCAUCUUCCAGGGAGGGAGCGUGGCACAGAGCGUUGGCUGAAAUCAUAGGCGUGGUUUUGGAUGGAGAUGCUCCGUCUGCUCCCGCUGGGAUCCCCACCUGCCGUCACACCGCCGUUUGUCACCGCGCCAGCUGGUACUUUCCUGAGCGCGGCGCGCAUUUGAUCGGAUUCGUGUUUCUGUCACACGGGUGUGGGGGGGGUGGGGGACUGGUGUUGGUGUGUAUGGGGGGUGUAGCGUAAUCACAGCGCGGAGGACUGAACGGGGCGCCAGGUUUUUAAUCAUCUCCGGAGCGGCGGCGGCGCACGGAAGGCGCACGGCGGAGAUAAACAAGAGCGGACAGCGCGUCGCUUCGGCCUCCAGGCAGCAGCAGCAGCAGCAGCAGCGGCAGCAGCAGCAGAGGCUCCUCGGCGGUUGGGAAAGGAAGCGCGGCGGAGAGCCUGGUUCAUGUGCAGGGCUGUUUGACGCGCAAGGAUGGAAAAUACGCUCAAGAUGCCCACAAGAUCUCCGUGGCUCGGCUUGCUGGUGGUGGCGUCUGUUUUACUCGCAGUGGACAGCAAGAGAGCCAGGCAGCCCCGCUGUCCCGCAUCAUGUAUAUGUACCAAAGAUAACGCGCUGUGCGAGAGGGCAGGACUGAUCCCCCGCAGCUUCCCCCCCGAUGUCAUAUCACUAUCAUUCGUCAAGUCCGAAUUCACUGAGAUCCCGAAGGAGAGCUUCAUCCACACGCCUGCCCUGCAUCUCCUCCUCUUCACGGCCAACAACCUGGAGUCCAUAAACGAGGACGCGUUCCUUGGUCUUCCUCAUCUCGAGUACCUGUUCAUCGAAAACAACCAAAUCAAGUCGAUUUCGCCGGCUGCUUUCCGAGGACUGAAAACCUUAGUGCACCUGAGUCUGGCCUACAAUAAUCUGGACACGCUGCCCAAAGAUUUGUUCAAGGGUCUUGAGGCGCUGACGAAAGUAGACCUGCGAGGGAACCAGUUCACCUGCGACUGUAAGCUGAAGUGGUUGGUGGAGUGGAUAUACAGCACCAAUGCCACAGUGGAUCAGAUUUACUGUAAAGGGCCGGCCUCACAGCUGGACAAGAAGAUCAACGAUCUGGUGCCGCAGUCCUUUGACUGCAUCACCACAGAGUUUGCUUCCUACCAGUCCCUGAAGUUUGAAUCCAUAUCGGUGGAGGCGUUUUCCUUCGGAAAUGAUCAGUAUGUGGUGUUUGCUCAGCCCUUCAUUGGGAAGUGCAGCUUUCUAGAGUGGGAUCAUGUGGAGAUGGUCUUCAGGAACUAUGACGAUAUUGACAGCACAUGCACAGUGAUCUGCAAGCCCCUGGUCAUUGACAACCAGCUCUUUAUCAUCGUGGCUCAGCUGUUUGGUGGCUCGCACAUCUAUAAGCGUGACACCUCUGCCAACAAGUUCAUCAAGCUCCAAGGCAUUGACAUCCUCAAGAUACGAAAGCCAAAUGAUGUUGAGACGUUCCGCAUCGACGGAGAAUCCUUCUUCGUCAUAGCAGACAGCUCCAAGGCCGGUUCCACCACCAUCUACAAGUGGAACGGCAAUGGCUUCUACUCUCACCAAUCACUCCACCCGUGGUACCGGGACACGGAUGUGGAGUACAUGGAGAUCUCUUCCAAACCCCACCUGAUCCUGUCCAGCAGCUCCCAGAGGCCGGUCAUCUACCAGUGGAACAAAAGCACCAAGCUGUUUGACCGACGCACAGACAUCCCGGAGAUGGAGGACGUCUACGCUGUAAAGCAUUUUCAGGACAAGACAGACCUCUUCAUCUGUCUGACGCGAUUCAUCGGCGACUCCAAAGUGAUGCGCUGGGAUGGGGCCCUCUUCAGAGAGUUGCAGACCAUGCCCUCUCGCGGCUCCAUGGUGUUCCAGCCCUUCUCCGUGGGCAGCUGGCAAUACGCCAUCCUGGGCAGCGAUUACUCUUUCACCCAGGUGUACCGCUGGGAUGCCAAGAAGGGCGAGUUUGUCCAUUUCCAGGAGCUGAACAUCCAGGCGCCGAGGGCCUUCUCUCCAGUCUCCAUAGACAACCGACAGUUCCUGCUGGCCUCAAGUUUCAAAGGGAAGACUCAGAUUUAUGAGCACUUGGUCAUUGAUCUGAGCAACUGAGCGAUUUUCUUGACUGAUUGUUUGAGUGUGUAGAGAUGGCUUUUGCAACAGAUCCGGUGCGGAACAACACUGAAAGUUGAUCCUAACUUGAGCAAGGCAGGCAUUACUCGUUUUUUUUUGGUUCUGUUUUUUUUUCUCCAAUGUUUCCAAUGCCAUCAGUGCGCUGUCCACGUGAAGAUAAACACAUGCAGCUCAACCGAAUAUAUUUGAUUGAGAUGCAUGUUGAGCUCAAUGCAUGCCUUUCAAGUUAGGAUUAGAUCCUGUAUGUUGUUAAGACAUUAGUGCAUGAUCUCCCACAGGCCAUCCCAUCCUGACGAACGCGGCAUCCAUGCUCAUUAAUCCAUUAACUCUCGCAUUGGCCAGUAGGUUAUUUUCCUGUGUCCAGCUUUUCAUGUGAUUCAGCAAUGUUUAUACAUUUGUAAUCUCAUAUAUUUAUCUACAGAAAGUGAUAACAAACUGGUACUUUUUAACCUAUUAACACGUUUAACGGAACAAAUCUGCCAAAAUGAAAUGUUUACAAUUUUUUUCUGUCUUUCCACUUGUAUGCUACGAGAUUUGUAAAUGAAGCUUUUGUAAGUUUAAGAGGGACCACACCAGUUAGAUACGUAUUUGUUAAGGAGAGUGAUUUAAAAUUUUGUUCCUAAUUUUGAAAACAUCAACAGAAAUGUUGUGCGAGAGUCUACCUGUGAAUCCUUGGGACUUACAUUUUUAUCGUCAAUGGUUUAUAAUGUUUAAAGUAUUGAACAGUUUUUCAUAAGAAGUAUGGAGAACAUUUUGGGCAAACUUGGAACUAUUUUCACACACUCAAAGGAACUGAAAUGAAAACUGAGGCUAUUGUUCAUAGUGCUUUACCUUUGACUAACGUGCAAAAUACAUCGAUUGUCUCAUGACUAGGAUUAAGUUAUCGACUAAUAUCAUGCUAUUUAGAGUCAAUAAAGGUUUACAUUAUUAAAUGUUGCAUCUCAUAUGAGCACUGGUGUAGCAUGACAUUGUUUCAUUGUAAGAUGCUGACACCAGGUCUUCAAAGCAAAACAACACACACUAUAACACAUCUACUUCGUUGCUUGAGGGAAACUGUCAUCUUGAAGCUAGCUGUGUAAUUCAGAAAUUAAAUAAAAAUAAAUACAAACAAAUAAAAUCCUUUUUAUUUUCUCCAACAAAGUGCACGCCUCAAUUCUACAAAGCAGCACAUUACAAUGUAAUGGAAUAAAUACAAUAAAAUCCGCUGAAUUAAAAAAAAAAAAAAAAAAGAAAGAAAGAAAAGAAAAGAAAAACACAAGCAAGGAGAUACACAAGUACCUGCAUAAUCACACCGGUGGCAGGACUAAAUCAGGUUCUUUAGAAAGGCUCCACCAGACAAACAGCCUCUUUCAUGGUGAUUGUUUGACUUUUCAUGCAUCUUCAGUCCUUUGGAUAAAGAUGUCCUCUCUUCCGCUUUCUAAAGAAAACCAAUUUAAACCCUGCUUGUUUGUAAUUGAGGACUACCAGACUAACACGAAAGAAAUACGGGUGCAUACUCUCAUGUUCAUACACAUCACCCUGGAAAACUUGUGCAACUGCAGCAGGAUCUCCAAAUCACCUUCCUUCUGCUGAGAGAAAAUAAAGUGAACACAUCUUCAGUUUUAACUGAAUUUACUACUCAAGUCUAUGUGGUGCAACUUAGUGUUUUUUUUUUUUUCCGUAGGCAAAUAAAAUAUAACAUAAAAGGCAAGGGAGCACAUCCCUUAAUAUUGAACAAAAUAAUUUAGUGCUCUUUAAAUAAAAUUAAAAACACUAUUUUCAUAUGGUGGCUCUUAAAAAAAAAAAAAAACAACCAAAAAAAAAA